UGGUACAAUAAACGUCACGUUUCUAGGAUGUAGAAAAGCGGUAGUGCAUCAUUUAAGUAGAAAAUUUUAUUGACGGUUAAAGUGUUUACAAGAUAUUGACAUUUCUAUUGAUAAACAGGAAUGUCACUUCAUACUAUUCUUUUUCUAAUAUCGUGAGAAAUAAAAAUAUUACGUUUUAUGUACUUAUCCGCAUCACAGACCGUCAUGGUGAAAAGGACAUAGUAAAAUAUAAAACAGUGUUAAUUGCACUAUAAAAUUUAAGUUUGAGGUGUUUAAUAGUGACAGUCACCAAAAUGUCUGAAAAGAAACCCUUACAUUAUACCAAUGUAAAAGAUCUAUUGCAAAUGGCUGUAAUUAAUUAUAAAGGAAAAAGACCAUCUGAUAUUUAUAAAAGGCUCCCUAAUAUGUAUAAUGUUGCUGAAAAUGCCAAAAAACAAGGGGAUGAGGAGAACCAGUACAUCAUGUUAAGGAGAUGGUUAAAUUGCAUCGAAUGGUUGAAAAAUACACAGGAAUAUAAAGAUGACAAAACAUUCUCCUUAACAAAUAUGAAUGUCAAUCAGAUCAAUGAAGCAAAAAAGGUACUUGCAGAUUUAAAUCGAAGGUUAGAUGUACGGUAUAAACUCCAGUUGAAAGAAAAGAUGUUGGAAAAAUCUAAUAGCACGGAAAAGAUGGAUGUAGAUAAUGAAGCGGGAACAGACACCUAUAUGUCUUCUGUUGAUGGACCUAUAAAAUUACCUGAAACACCGACUAGGGAUCCAUUGGUUAGUGAUAAUGAAGAAAUUAUUAACUGUGAUCAGCUAUUUCAAUUAAUGCAAAAAGUAGAUAAUAGAUAUUUGAUCAUUGACAUAAGACCCAAGUUAGAGUUUGAUGCCUCAAGAAUAUUAUCUGACAACUCUGUUAAUAUUCCAAAUAAUAUAAUAAAACCUGGCGCAUUAACAUCCCAUUUUGAGGAAUAUCUUCGUAAAGAUAAGAAACCUUUAGAUCUAUUCAGACAUAGGGGAGCUCGAUAUGUUGAUGUUAUAAUUUUAAUUGACUGGGAUACAUCGAGUAAAACAUUAACAUCCGAAAAUCACUUAAAUAUUUUAAGAAAAAUUUUAGAAGAUUGGGAUCCCGGUAUAAAAUACAAAAGAAUUACAAUUCUAGACGGUGGUUACGCAGAAUGGAUAACUCGUUAUCCUGCAUUUACAACAAAUCCUAAUAUCGCAGAGCCUAGUUUAAACGACGUCCCAAAUGAAGUAUUGGAUAAUAUAAAGUAUCCUGACUGGAUACAUUUGGAUGAGGAAGAAAACAUUAUUAAAUUGCGUGAAAAUAAAUCAAAUAAGUUGAAACCAGUAAAUCUGAACGAACCUACGCCAAAAGUUAACAUUACAAAUGAUAAAAUGUGGUACAAACACAUGAACUCAGAAAUGAGUAAUAAUAUUUCUAUACAUUCUAAUAACUUAAUGAAUAAUUCUAUUGAAAUAGAAAAAGUUCCUAAAAACAAUUUGAAUUCACGACAAUACGAUAAUUCACUGAAGCUUCAACAUAAGAGAACAUUGAGCAUUAUAAAGAAGAGUGAUAUCCCUGUAAAACCAAAAGUAGAUAGAAGUAGCAAACCAACUACUUUGGAUACGUCUACUUCUGAAUCAAAAGCAGUUUUGAAGUUAAUGAAACAGUUAAAUGAGUUAGCAAAGAAUAAACAAGAGUUGGAACAAGAAAUAUUAGAGCAGGAACACACUUUGUAUAUGCAACAUGGUAUUAAGUAUAAGGGUACAAAUGAGGAAGAAUAUAUCAAUAGUAACGUGAAAUCAUUGUGUUUAAAAUUGGAAGAACAGCAAAAAGAAUAUAAGAAAUUUGAAGAUGACCUCACUAAAUAUUAUACGAAAAUGGAAUCGAUUAAAUUUAAUUCUGCAGAAGAAAUUGAAAAACGAAAUCUUGAACUUACUCUUGCUUCACUAAAACGGCGAAUGAAAGAUACUUCGGCCGACCGAAAAAAAUUACGCGAAAAAUUUAUGAAAAAUAACUACAAAGAAUUAUCAACGAAAGAAAAUGAAAAUGACACUCAUAAGGAACCUUUGAAAACGGAUAAUUCAUCAAUGGGAGGCAAUUUAGAGCGUUCAUACUCUAGUCCAAAUUUAUUACAGUUGUCGGAUCAUAAAGCACCACAAGUGGACAGAAGUUCGAAACCACAAAUCUCAUACAAUAAAAAUGGAACUUAUACUGAUAAUAAAAUGUCCCAUUUGAGUUGGGCAAAUCGCGAGGAAAGAAUGACUCCUGUUCAUGGAAGUGUUCAUCCGGGCAUAACGGGAUUAAAGAAUUUAGGCAAUUCGUGUUAUAUGAAUAGUAUUAUACAGUGUUUAAGUAAUACCACGCAUUUAGCCAAAUAUUUUAUGGACAAUUUAUACGCUGACGAUUUGAAUAACGAAAAUAAUACUCAAGGGCAAGUUGUGGAAGAAGUAGCUCAAGUAAUUAAAGCACUGUGGAGAGGUCAAUAUAAGAGCAUAUCACCUCAUGAUCUUAAGAUCGCCGUGGGACAAUACAAAUUACAAUUCGAUAGUUACGAGCAACAGGACUCUCACGAGUUUCUCACAUUUCUCUUGGACUGGAUGCAUAAUGAUUUAAAAAAGAAUUGUAAAGUGCCCUUAGAAAUGACGGUCGCUGAAAAAGCCUGGGACAAAGCGAUGGGAUCUCAAAGAUCCAUAAUAUCCGAUUUGUUCUUCGGACAGUUGAGAUCUACUAUUACAUGCAGCUUUUGCAAGCAAAGUAGCACUACAUAUGAGACUUUCAAUAGCUUGACAACAUCGUUACCUCAUUCUAAUCGAUGUACACUGAAUGACUGCAUUCUAAAAUUUGUGAGUGGGCAAAAGGUAUUAGGAUGGAAAUGUCCAAAGUGCCAUACGCCCCGAGAAGCUAUGAAGAAGUUCGACUUUGUAAAAUUGGCGCCUAUUAUAGUGAUACAUUUAAACCGCUUCGCCGAGAGUGGUGGAUGGCUAGAAAAACGGAACACUGCUGUUGAUUUUCCUCUCACGGACUUCAAUUUAAAGCCAUAUUUGGUGACAGAUAGCAAUAGCACCACGAUUUCAAAUAUUCGUAGUUACAGCUACAGUUACAGUUUGUAUGCAAUGUCUAAUCAUUAUGGAACUAUGGAAGGUGGUCAUUACACAGCCUUCUGUAAAAACGCUGCUCAGAAUAAGUGGUAUAAAUAUGAUGACCAAACAGUCACGGAGGUUACGGUAAAUCAAGUAAGGUCUCAAAAUACCAGUGCCUACUUGUUAUUUUAUACAUCUUUUUCAAGUAACAUUAUUUAGUAUUAAUACAACAAGAUAUUUGGCUGACUUGACUUAAAUAAUCUUGAAUGUUUUGUAACAAUGUAGAUAAUUGAAUAUUUUUUGUAUGUACAUGUAUGAAGUAUAUUAAUUGUGUGAACGUACACAUAACACCACGACGGCAUUAAUGAAUUUAUUGGUGCUGGGAUAAAUAUGCUAAAUGAUUUGUAAAUUAAUAACGUUAAACCGAAAUUAUUUCGGUAAUAUUGAAAUUAUAUCGCGUAGUGGAGAGAUUAGUUCAAGCAACACAAUAAUAUGCAUCAUAAAAAAAUAUAUUUAGCACGUAUUGCACUCUAUACUCUAUUCCAAUUAUGUGUUUCAGUAACGUUGUUU